AUGGGUUCUUUCACUCUGGCAGCCCGGAAUGUCCGUCCCCUUUUAGACAAUCCGCGGAGCAACCGACUGGAAUGGAGGACAGCGCUAGUGACUCUGGAAGUAGCACGCUCCAAGGUGGACAUCACUGCAAUCAGUGAGAUCAGCUUCUCCGAACGGAGCCAACUGGAGGAGAUUGGUUCCGGCUACAUCUUCUUCUGGGACGGUCGCCCCGAGGCAGAUCGACAGGACGUGGGUGUCGCCUUUCCCAUUCGGAAGGACAUUGUGGAACGACUACCUUGUCUGCCGCAGGGAAUAAACGAUCGCCAGACGAGCCUCUGCCUGCCUCUUUGGGGAGGUAAAUUCGCCAUCAUCAUCAUCAUCGUCUGCGCUCCGCCGAUGACCACCCCUGAUGCCGCAAGGGACAAAUGCUACGAGGACUUGUAUACCCUCCUGGCGACCGUGCCUAAGGCGGAUAAGUUGAUUAUUCUUGGUGACUUCGACGUUCGUGUCGGCACAGACCACGCUGUUUGGAGAGGAGUUCUGGGUCCUUAUGGUCUCGGCGGCUCUGAUGACAAUGGCCUACUCCUAUUACGAAUCUGCGCAGAACACCUUCUUUCGCCUACCGACGCGGAAGAAGGUGACCUGGCUGCACCCUCAUUCACGGCACUGGCUCCUGCUCGACUGUGUCCUCGUUUGAAGGCGAGACCGGCGUGA